UCCUCAGGUUCGUGCACACAAUACCCAUAUACAUAUCUAUACAUAUAUCUAUGUGUAUAAAUGUAAUUUUGUUCUUGUUUAUGCUUGUAGUUGUAGAUUUACAUGUGAAAUUAUAAACCCAUGUUCAAUUAGUGAUCAAUUUUGUUAUAGUUGGAAUUCUAGACUCCUGAUUACAAUCCAAACCCACAAUUUCUUUGAGAUUCUUGUAAACCCGGUGAUGUUCUAUAAACCCAUGUUCAAUUAGCUCAUCAAUUCUGAACUCUUGUUUUCAAUCCAAACCCAUAAUUUUCUUUUAGAUUCUUGUAAACCUGGUGAUGUUCUAUAAACCCAUGUUCAAUUAGCUCAUCAAUUGUGUUAUAGUUAAAAUUCUGAAGUCUUGAUUACAAUCCAAACCCACAAUUUCUUUUAGAUUUUUGUAAACCUGGUGGUGUUCCGUGAAAUUAUAAACCCACGUUCAAUUCGGUCAUCAAUUCUGUUCUAGCUGAAAUUAUGAACUCCUGACCAAACCCGCAAUUUCUUUUAGAUUUUUGUAAAUCUGGUGGUGUUCGAUUUUGGGUAGUAUGGAUUUGCAACUAGUGAAGAGUGGUUUGGUUUAUACUCGAAAAAGGAAGAAUUGGGUUCUUCUAUUGGCAGCUUUGGGGGUUUCUGGUUAUGGGGUAUAUAGGGUUUAUUAUUGCCCCUCUAUGGUUGAGAAGAGGAGGAGGUUGUUGAAGUGCUUAGGAGCCCUCAUUUCUGUUGCUGAAAUGGUGUCCGAUUGUGCGGAGACAAUUGGGGUUUUGUCCAAAGAUUUGAAAGAGUUUAUACAAUCUGACUCGGACAAAAUUCCCAAUAGUUUGAGGCAAGUUUCUAAAAUUACACAGUCGGAGGAGUUUUCGGAUUCGGUGAUUAGGGUUACAACAGCUUUAACUGUUGGAAUUAUGAGAGGGUGUCGAUCAGAGGUGAGGGAUAGUGAUGGAGUGAAUGGCGAUUCGGGGUUUCUGGACCGGGUUAUGGAUAAGCUGUCUUCUACAUCUGGGACUGGUUUUGCUUCUGUAGUAGUUGGGAGCUUUGCUAGGAACCUAGUCAUUGCUUUCUAUUCUGAUGAGACAUCUAGUAUGGAUAAUUCAACGAGUGUUGAUCGUGAUGUUUCAGAAUCGGAUUCUGUCCAAAAAUGGGUGAAUGUGGUGUGUGGUGAGAGGUGCAGAGAACUCAUUGGUGAUUGUGUUCAGUUGUUUGUGAGCACAGCGGUUGCCGUUUAUCUUGACAAGACCAUGGAUAUCAACACAUAUGAUGAAGUUUUUUCAGGGUUGACUAACCCCAAGCACGAAAGAAAAAUGAAAGACAUGUUGGCAUCGAUCUGCAAUGGUGCAGUAGAAACUCUUGUAAAAACAUCACACCAAGUGUUGACAAAGACAGAUUCAGAUAUCAAUUCAGGUGCUUCACAUUUAACUAUUGAUUAUUUUCGAAGUCCAACUGCUGUUCAGGAGGAGCUUAAUGGGCUAGAACCAACAUCAACUGAACCAAAAGUAAGAAAAUCAUUUGAUGAAAAUGAGAAUAGUGGGUGGGUGAGUAAGAUGUCUUCUACUUUGGCUGUACCAAGCAAUAGGAGGCUUGUUCUUGAUGUGACAGGGAGGGUAACAUUUGAAACAGUUAGAUCUUUCCUUGAGUUUUUGCUGGAGAAACUAUUUGAUGGUUUGAAAAGAAGUCUUAGUGUCAUGUACGAGGCGGUGGUUGAUGGAAGUCAUGAAGUUGUCAGAUAUGUGAUAGCAAAAUCAUCUGUUUUUGCUACUCUAUGUUUUUCUUUGUGUUUGCAUAUAUUGGGUGGUGCUUGGGUUUUGGUGCCAGCUUAAGCCGUGAAUUUCUCAUAUAGCGACUUAUAUAUAUAUAUAUAUAUAUAUAUAUAUUUUCUCUCAUAAAGUGGAUACUUGUUAUUAGACUCACAAUAUUCUUUUUUCUAGUGUUAUGUUUGGUGCAUACAGUUUUUUGUAAAAUAUUGUGUAUCAUAAAUCAAAUGUUCACAAUUCAGCAGAUUUAUUAAAUGUUGCUUCUCACCGGCCUC